GACAUUUCAGUAAAAGAUUCAAUUUGAAAAAUGUUGGAGUUUUUGAAAUUUGAUGAAGUAAAGAACUUAGUGAGGAUAAACAGAAUAGAAAUAGAUAGCAUGGUAUUUCGUCUCCAUUAUAUUUAUACUGUGGUUAUAUUACUCCUUUUCUGCGCCAUUCUAUCAGCAACGCAAUAUGUCGGUGAACCCAUUCUCUGCAUGGAAAGAAAAAACAUCGAUAAACACGUGAUGGAUACUUACUGUUGGAUUCACGGCACAUUUACAGUAAAGAAGCCAAAUAUGAGCGAAGAAGGAAGCAUUUUUCCCGGAAUCAAUUCAAAAUAUGAAAACCAAAAGCAUUACUAUCAGCAUACAUAUUAUCAAUGGGUUUGCUUCUUCCUGUUCUUUCAGUCUGUCCUCUUUUACGUGCCAAGACGGAUUUGGAAACACUGCGAAGGUGGAUUAAUUCAAGCUUUGAGUCUGAAGAGUGACAACAUUAUGUACGAAGAAACUCAGAAGCAACAAAAUAUUGCUGCCGUAGUUAAGUUCUUACACGAAAGUAUGGGAUGUCACAGUUGUUACGCUCUUCGUUAUUUUGUUAGUGAAUUACUGUGUCUAAUUAAUGCCAUUUCUCAAAUGUAUUUGGUUAAUGUAUUUUUAAAUGGCGAAUUCUUAAAGUACGGAAUAGAAGUAAUUAAAUAUAACAUGAACGAUGAUGAUAAUUUAAUAAAUCCCAUGCUAGAAACGUUCCCGAGGAUGAGCAAAUGUUUUUUUUACUAUUAUGGAUCGUCCGGUAAUAUAAUAAAAAUUGAUAAUUUGUGUAUGUUACCUUUAAAUGUAAUUAACGAAAAGAUUUUUAUAUUUUUAUGGUUCUGGUUUAUCAUUUUAAUUUUAUUGAGUGCCAUAUCUGUCAUAUACCGUAUUAUUUUAAUAAUAAGUGGAAAGAUGAGAUUGUAUAUCUUAUCCAUACGUUACAGGCUUGUACGGGAAACUUAUUUGGAAUUGUUAAUUAAGCGAUUGUCUGUAGGAGAUUGGUUCAUCGUAUAUAUGCUUGGUAAGAAUAUUGACAGAUUUAUUUUAACCGACAUUCUAUGCGAAUUUUGGAAACGAGUUAAUGGAAUGGCAGAAAAUGCCUGAAUUUUAGCCUCUGUUGUUAUGUGAAUUACAAAUUUAGUAAUUCAUUUUACUUUAUUCAUUAUUAUUAAUAGUUUUUUUUAAAGUAAUGUUUAAAAAAUGGCAAUUUGUAAUUUUUAGUUUAUAUUAUUAAUUUUUAUUAUUAAAACUAUGAAAAGUUUUUAACUUGUUUAUAAAUGUUACUUUAUAAUACUCUAUAUGUGGAGUUUAAGGCCUUAUAAUAUACCAUAAUGAGUAAAAUAUGGCAAUAAGGCUUAGUAAUAUGAGAUUCUAAUUGAGAUGUUGGAAAAAUGUUUCUCUUU